GAGAGAGGCGAGCACAAGAUGCCCAAACGGGCCAUCACCACGAGCCUGCUGCCCCUUAACGCGAACGCGGCCUGCAGCGCGACCCGAGCUCUGCUCCUUCUGCCACUGCAGCUGCUCCUGCUGCUGCCGCACCUCGCCGUUGCUUCCCCCGCGGACGAGCACUUUGACUACUACCUGCAGGAGAUCCGCAACAGGGAGCAUUACUACGCGCCCGUGCGGGAGACAAGUGACAACUCCCUGCGAGGACGCGCGGCCUCCCGGGGCGCAAUCAGCUCCGGCCAGGAGGAUCUCAUUACCGCGGCUGCCACAUCCACGGGGAUCCGAGACGGCGCCUCGCGUUGGCCCGCAGAGGCGCGGCAAAGCGCCGUGAUCGGUGGUGCCAACGUGGCCAGAGAGCGGCACGAUCUGUACACAAUUAAAGCGGCGCGUCCUGCGGCAGAAAGUCCGGCCAGGCGGCGCGCGGGCGCCCUGGGAGUGGAGGUUGUGAAAGCCAUCAAGAAGGGGAAAGAUGCGGCUAAAAGGCAAACGACUUCGAAACCUGCACCACCCACCUCGUGCCCGCCGCUCGGGAUGGAGUCCAUGCGGAUUGAUGAUUUCCAGAUCCACGCGUCAACCAUCAGUCGUUACGGCCUGGGGGCUCACAGAGGCAGGCUCAAUAUCCAGGCUGGCAUGCUGGAGGAUGAUCAGUACGACGGGGCUUGGUGCGCGGGUCGCCACGACGCGCAGCAGUGGAUGGAGGUGGACGCGCGUCGCAUCACCAACUUCACUGGCAUCAUUACGCAGGGACGCAACUCCCAGCAGACGCACGCUUGGAUCACGUCCUAUAAAGUGAUGUUCAGCAAUGACAGUCACUCGUGGAUCACAUACCAGAACGGCACAGACGAAAGGCUCUUUGAAGCCAACCAUGACCAGGAGACGCCAGUGGUGAAUGAGCUGGAGAUAGCUGUGGUGGCCAGGUACAUCCGCAUCAAUCCCAUUACAUGGCACGGAGACAUCUGUAUGAGGCUGGAGGUAUUAGGCUGCCCCAUGAAAGAUCCCAACAAUUAUUACCACCGAAGAAAUGAAGUCACCACCACAGAUAACCUUGACUUCAGACACCACAACUAUAAAGAUAUGAGGCUUUUGAUGAAGAUCGUCAACGAGAAAUGCCCCAACGUCACCAGAAUUUACAACAUCGGAAAGAGCUACGAGGGACUCAAGCUGUACGCCAUGGAGAUAUCGGACAACCCGGGCACACACGAGCUCGGCGAGCCGGAGUUCCGCUACGUGGCGGGUCUACACGGCAACGAGGCCCUCGGGAGGGAGCUCACCCUCUUCCUUAUGGAGUUCCUCUGCCACGAGUACAACAGGGGCAAUCCACGCAUCAGGAGGCUCGUGGAAGAGACCCGGAUUCACCUCCUGCCGUCGGUUAACCCCGAUGGCUAUGAGAAGGCGUACGAAGCGGGCUCCGAGCUCUCCGGCUGGACCUUCGGCCGUUGGACUCGCAAUGGGAUCGAUCUCAACCACAACUUUCCGGAUCUGAACUCGGUGCUCUGGGACGCAGAGAAGCGAGGGCACGUGGCGCGCAGGGUGACGAAUCAUCACCUUCCUCUGCCGGACUGGUUCCAUCGCCGCAACGCCACGCAGGUGGCUGUGGAAACGCGAGCGGUUGUUUCCUGGAUGGAGAAGAUCCCGUUUGUCCUCGGCGGGAACCUGCACGGCGGCGAGCUGGUCGUCACGUACCCCUUCGACGCAGCGCGUUCGCCGUGGCGCGCGCGCGAGCCCAGCGCCACUCCCGACGAGCAGAUCUUCCGCUGGCUCGCCUUCCUCUACGCGUCCACGCACCGCACUAUGACCGACGCCAACCGCCGCGUCUGCCACGGCCAGGACUUCACCAAGGACGAGGGCGUUGUCAAUGGGGCCAAUUGGCACGCCGUCACCGGCAGUAUGGGCGACUUUAGUUACUUGCACACCAACUGUUUUGAGGUCACGAUGGAGCUGAGUUGUGACAAGUUCCCCCACGAGACGGAACUGCCCCAGGAAUGGGAGAACAACCGCGAGGCCCUUCUUGUAUUCUUAGAGCAGGUCCACCGGGGAAUCAAGGGGAUCGUCACAGAUGCCGAUGGUGAAGGAAUCCCCAAUGCCAUCAUCUCGGUGGACGAAAUCAACCAUGAUGUGACAACAGCGAGCGGAGGGGAUUACUGGCGGCUACUGAACCCAGGGGAGUACCGCGUGACGGCGCGUAAAGAGGGUUUCGUGCCAGCCGCACAGAACUGCCAAGUGGGGUACGACAUGGGCGCCACUCGCUGCAACUUCACGCUGCACAAGACCAACCGGCAGCGCAUUCGCGACCUGGCCGAGCUCUUCGGGAAAUCGUCGCCACGCGGCCCCAACAGAAGGUUCAGCUCGCAAGUAAAACGGACGUCGCGAACGUAAACACGGUUGGCAUUACGUCAAACAAAAACGACAAUACAGUUGCUCGCUUCCCCGCUGUGGCCGGCUAGGGUGGGGGGGCCCCUCCUUUGAACAAGUUUGGCUGCUCCGGGUAUACAAGGUGAAGCAAGCCAAGUUGUAGCUCGGAGGUAGGAAGGAUCGGGACAGCGUCUGUACGGAGAGAUUUGCUUGCUUCUUGCUGUGUCUGUUAGUUGCCGGCGUUCUAUGAAUGAAAAUCCUUCAAAUUAAGAUUAAAAUCCUCCUCUUUAUCCUUGUUUUAAAAUCCUGGUAUUUAAAUGUGUGCAUAUAUAAUGCAUAUACUACCAAAUAGCAUACUAUAUGUAUACCCUGGGUGAUAUAUUUAUAGAUGCCCUGCUUUACUAACAGGGAGACAUCAUACAAAAAACAUUUAAAAUUUAAAGCAUCUUCUUGUCUCCCACCAAUCCCAAUCCACUUAUUAAGUAAUUUAACUCUUGCCUGGCAUACAUUGUCCAACACAGCCGAUGUGAUAUGCUCACAGCAUCCAAUGAUGUGUAAGCUGAGGUCAAUUUAUAUCUCAGUGGGGUAUCUAUAAUUGGAUAAUUGGAUCACCCUCUGUGUGUGUGUAUAUAUACAAACAAGCAAGACAAAUAUGCUCCGUAUAGCCUUAACAGACUUUUAGGGCAAGUGCUGUUAGCGAGCAGCAAUGAAGGCUGGUACGGCACACGAAGGGAUGAGAGGCCAGCACCAUGCACACACGCACACACAUUGGGUAGAACAGAACAGGAGUUUGUCAGAAUAAAACACACAACAACACAACAACAACCAAGAUAUCGGUAUAAUGCCGCCUAUUAUAAAUAAUUCAAAUAAAUGCAUAGGAGAUGAUUGAUGGUGUUUUUUACAUCAAUAUUUUAUCUCAGACAUAAAUCUCCAUUACACCAGCAACGGGAUUUCUAUCGUUUCACUUGCACAUAGAUCUGGAACAAGGAAACACCUGAGCUCAGCACACACAGCAGCAGCAGCAGCAGGCAACACGAAGAUGCAGAGCACGGUUGUUUUUCACUUUAUUAACCAGUCCCGGUUGGCAUUUGAUACUGUAUUUUAUGAACUAGCCGAGUUAAUUGUCCACAUUCUACUAAGCGCACAGCAACAGAGGGCUUUUACAAAACACCUUCCAUGUUGAUGAGCCAAUUGUACCCUGAUGCCUUGUUUUGAAGAAAAGCAACAAUAAAAGGAUAUAUGUUCCGCUGGUGGAACACUUACUCCAACAUGUCUCUAUCAGGCAGACUGUUAUUUCUCGCAUUGUGUGUUUUUAGGAUGUACGAAACUUAUUCUGACUGCUAACAGUUUUUUUUUUUACAUAGUGCAAAAGCGAAGUAUAAAACUGUUGUGUUUGUGAAUACGCCGCAAUAUAUAUCCCACUUGUUAAACGUGUAUCCUCUCUUCCGCGAUUAACGAGGCCUCUUAAAAACGAAAUGGGCACUAAGGAG